GGUCGUCAGGGUGUUGAUGGGUGAGGUCGAAGGCUAGUUCAGGUUGACGAUUAUACGAAUACAUCACCAUAUUGUCACGAAGCCAGAAUUUUAAUAGACAGAAUGUCGACAACGAAUGGAGUCGCCGGAUGGGCCCAGCUUCGACAACAAGCUCGACAGUUGGAGACCCAGACGGAGACCUUGUUCCACACAUAUUCGCAGUUCUCGACAGCCUCUAACGUACCACCGAAGCCUACAGAAGAAGAGCGCGAAACAGAAAGAAAGUUGGAAGAAUUGCUAGAGAAGCGCGAAACAGUCAACGACCAGCUCACUCGACUUCUUGAUUCCGAACCCAAUCUCGCAUCCUCCGCUUCAAAACAGAACAACCUGUCCCUCCUUCGAAGGAAGCUUACUGGCCAUCAGAGAGAUCUGGCGCGCCUGCGUUCAACGCUACAACAAGCGCGCGAUCGGGCGAACCUUCUGACCAAUGUCCGCUCGGAUAUCGAUGAAUACCGCCAGAACAACCCUGAAGCUGCCGAGGCUGAUUACAUGCUGGAAGAGCGCAAUCGUAUCGACAAUAGCAACAAUAUGGCGGACAGUGUUCUCAGCCAAGCGUACGCAGUUAAUGACAACUUUAAUCUGCAGCGUGAAACCUUGGCGAGUAUCAAUCGGAGGAUUACGCACGCGGCAAGCCAAGUACCUGGGAUCAAUACGCUGAUCGGAAGGAUAUCGGCAAAGAAGAGGAGGGAUGGGAUUAUCAUGGGAAGCUUUGUUGCGUUCUGUUUUAUUGUUUUCUUCCUCUUCUCGUAAAACUGACGAGCUUGCCUUUGUAUAAUGCACAGGUGUUCAGGGGUAUCAGCGUGUUUGAUAUUGUACAAU